GUGUGUCUGUGUCUGUGUGUACGUCUGUGUGUCUGCGUGUGUCUACCUGUGGAUUUGUGUGUAUCUGCGUCUGUGUGCCUGUCUUUGUGUCUGUGUGUCUGUGUCUGUGUGUGCGUCUGUGUCUGUGUGUCAGCGCGGCAGCUAGCCUGCGUCACACCGUGGCAGGCUCCCGCGGAGGCGGCUGUGUGGGUGAGGAGUGUCCUUCCAGCGGUGUGGUCUGUGCACGGCUGCAGGCUGGCGCCCGGCGCUCCCGCACACCGCCGCCCGCCGCCCGGCCCCGAGCGGCCUCCCGCUCGCUCACCCGGGACAAAGUUCUGCUCUGGGGCUGGGGCUCUGCCGGGGGCCGUGCUGCGCUGAGCCCGAGGCUGCUCCCCUCCCCCGAGGCCCGCGGAGGAUGCGCGAGCCGCCUGCCGGAUGGCAGAGCUGCAAGUGUACAAGAACUUGAAUCCCGAGAAAGUUGAACGAUGCAUGACCAUCAUGCAGUCGGGAACCCAGAUGGUCAAACUGAAGCGUGGGACCAAGGGCCUUGUCCGGCUCUUCUACCUGGAUGAGCACCGCAGCCGCCUCCGCUGGAGACCCUCGCGAAAGGGCGAGAGGGCGAAGAUCCUCAUUGACGCCAUCUACAAAGUCACCGAGGGCCGCCAGUCCGAGAUCUUCCUCCGGCAGCCCGAGGGGGCCCUGGACCCCGGCUGCUGCUUCACCAUCUACCACGGCCACCACAUGGAGCCUCUGGAUCUCCUCACCGCCAACCCUGAGGAGGCCCGCACCUGGGUCACCGGCCUCAAGUACCUGCUGGCCGGCAUCCGAGACGAGGACUCGCUGGCCAAGAGGCAGAGGACCCACGACCAGUGGGUGAAACAGACCUUUGAGGAGGCCGACAAGAACGGGGAUGGCCUCCUGAGCAUCGAGGAGAUCCACCAGCUCAUGCACAAGCUCAACGUCAACCUGCCCCGCAGGAAGGUCAGGCAGAUGUUCCAGGAGGCGGACACAGAUGAGAACCGGGGCACGCUGGCCUUCGAGGAGUUCUGCGUCUUCUACAGCAUGAUGUCGCUGCGCCGGGACCUCUACCUUCUGCUCCUCAGCCACAGCAGCAAGAAGGACCACCUCACCCCGGACGAGCUGGCGCACUUCCUCAGGGCGGAGCAGAAGAUGAGCAACGUGACCACUGAGGACUGUCUCGACAUCAUCAGGACGUUUGAGGUCUCGGAGGAGAACAAGGCGAACAGUGUCCUGGGCAUAGAGGGCUUCACUCGCUUCCUGCGCAGCCCGGCCUGCGACGUCUUCAACCCGCAGCACCGCACGGUGCAUCAGGACAUGGAGCAGCCGCUGAGCAGCUACUACAUCGCGGCCUCACACAACACCUACCUGACGGGCGACCAGCUGCUGUCCCAGUCCCGCGCCGACAUGUAUGCGCGUGUGCUGCAGGACGGCUGCCGCUGUGUGGAAGUGGACUGCUGGGAUGGGCCUGACGGGGAACCUGUGGUCCACCAUGGCUACACCCUCACCUCCAAGAUCCUGUUCCGGGACGUGGUGGAGACCAUCAACAAGGCCGCCUUUGAGAGAAACGACUUCCCGGUCAUCCUGUCCCUUGAGAACCACUGCAGCAUCCCCCAGCAGAGGAAGCUGGCCCGGUACCUGAAGGACAUCCUGCAGGACAAGCUGGACCUCUCAGCCGUGCACAUGGGUGACGCCGGGCAGCUGCCCAGUCCGCAGAGUCUGAGAGGGAAGAUCCUGCUGAAGAGCAAGAAGCUGCCCCAGCACCUGGGGGCAGAUGCGGAGGAGGGGGAGGUGUCGGACGAGGACAGCGCGGACGAGCUGGAGGAGGAGUGCAAGUUCCCGCAGCGGCGUAGUGCUGAGGGCAGCGAGCCGCAGGCGGAGUCCACCACCCGCAGGAAGCUGGAGCUGCUGCUGAGGGAGCGGGCGUGGGCACGGGAGGACGCCGACGGCUGCACCGUGCGGGCGCUGCUGAGGGCCACUCGCGAGGGCCUGGAUGCCCACCUGGAGCAGGAGCGGCAGCGCCCCCGUGCCAAGGGAAGCAGGAAGACGCUGCUCGUGGGCCUCGGGAGGCAGAAGCAGACAGGGAAGCCACUGUCCAGGGCGUGUAGUUCCGACGAGGAGGAGGAGCCCGGGAACCCUGGCCGGGAGGGCGGCCAGCUGCCCAGGGCGGGCCGCCGCAGGAGGACCAUGAAGCUGUGCCGGGAGCUGUCGGACCUGGUGGUCUGCACCAACUCGGUGGCCGCGCGGGACCUCCUGGACGACGGCCCCUCGGGGAACGUGCUGUCCUUCAGCGAGGCCCGGGCGCGGCAGCUGCUGCAGCACAGGGCCGAGCAGCUCAUGGCCCUCAACCAGCGGCAGCUGACCAGGGUCUACCCCUCCGCCUGCCGCGUGGACUCCAGCAACUUCAACCCGCUGCCCUAUUGGAGCGCCGGCUGCCAGCUGGUGGCCCUGAACUACCAGUCCGAGGGGCGGAUGAUGCAGCUGAAUCGCGCCAAGUUCCAGGCGAACGGCAACUGCGGCUACGUGCUGAAGCCACAGCAGAUGUGCAGAGGGACAUUCAACCCCUUCUCUGGAGACCCGUUUCCUGCCAACCCCAAGAAGCAGCUGGUCCUGAAGGUCAUCAGUGGCCAGCAGCUCCCCAAGCCCCCGGACUCCAUGUUUGGGGACCGGGGCGAGAUCAUCGACCCUUUCGUGGAGGUCGAGAUCCUCGGCCUGCCCGUUGACUGCUGCAAAGACCAGACUCGAGUGGUGGACGACAAUGGCUUUAACCCCGUGUGGGAGGAGACGCUGACCUUCACGGUGCACAUGCCUGACCUCGCACUCGUGCGUUUCCUAGUAUGGGACCACGACCCCAUCGGCCGGGACUUCGUGGGCCAGAGGACUGUCCCGUUCAGCAGCCUGGCACCAGGCUACCGGCACGUGUACCUGGAGGGGCUGCCUGAGGCCUCGCUGUUUGUCCACGUGACCAUCAACGAGAUCUAUGGCAAGUGGAGCCCACUGAUUCUCAACCCCAGUUACACCAUCCUGCACGUUCUAGGUGCCACGAAGAGCCGCCAGCUGCAGGGCCUGAAGGGGCUGUUCUCGAGGAACCCCCGGCCCGGCACCGCCGAGGGCACCCCGCACGCCGUCCGCAAACGCUCCCUGGGCGAGCGGAUCCUGCGGCGCUCGGCCAGCGCCCCGGCCAAGGGCAGGAAGAAGAGCAAGCUGGUACUCCAGGAGGAAGAGGACCCCGGGGACGAGCCGUCUGAGGCCCCGCGGGAGCCGGCCGGCGUGCUGAGGAGGGCGCCGAGGAGCCUGCAGACACGCCCCGUGUCCAUGCCCGUGGACAGGAGUGUCCUGGAGCCCCAGGCCCUGCCCUCGCCGGCCCCGGCGGGAGACCCUGGAGGCCAGGAGGAGAUGCAGGAGCGCCAGGACCGCGGGAGAAGCGCAGGGCCGGCCGCCGCGGCCCACCCGGGCCUGUCCUCGUCCUCAUCCUCCUCCUCGGCCCCCGAGCACCCAGACCCGCCGAACAGCGACGUCUCCCGCCUCAUCGACCAGGCUGCGCUGUCCCUGGACAGUGAGCUGGGCAGCUCCAUCUCGGCGCUGCUGGGGGACCAGCUGGACGAGCCCGGGGUCCUCGCGGAGCCUGCGCCCCCGCCCUGCCCCUCUCGGGCCCCCGCCGCCCAGGACUGGGCCGCGCUUUGCUUCUGCUCGGCGGACAGCAGCCUCGUGGAGGUGGACGUGGACCCCGGGACCGUGUCCUUCGGCGCCUGGGACGCGGCGCGCCAGGGCCCCGGGCCUCGGGGGUCCCCCUCGGGGCGCGUGCCCGCGGCACCCCCUUCGCACCAGGGCCCCGCUGCCCCAGGACUGGGUCAGCACCUCUCCCGGGCCCCGGCACCCCCCAGCUGUCCAGGCGCGGAGCCCAGCGGGAAGGGCGCGCGGGGGCCGGAGGGCAGGGGGUGCCCGCGCCCGCCCGCGCCCGCACUGCCCAGCCCGUGCAAGUCCAAGAGCCUGGGGGACCUGACGUCUGAGGACAUCGCCUGCACCUUCGAGGGCAAGUACCGCUGCAUCAGCCGGAGCUUCGUGGGCGCGCGCCCGCCGCCCAGGCCCGGCGCCGACGCGCUCACGGAGCAGCUGCGCAGGCUGGUGUCUGGCGAGCCCGAGGCCGCGCGGCACGAGGCGCUGGCCAGGAAGCUGUCCUCGCGCAGCCAGAGCCGCGUGCGCAACAUCGCCAGCCGCGCCAGGGAGCGGGACGCGGGCCGGGCUGGGGGCUCGGCGGGGGCCGCGCGGGGCACGGGGGACGCAGUGGGAGCGCAGGGCGCCGGGGUCACUGGGGGCGCGCAGGGCCCGGGGAGCACCGGGGGCGCGCAGGGCGCAGGGGGCACCGAGGGCGCGGCGGUUGCGGCCGUGGUUCUGCGCUCCAAGCCCCGUGCGGGGCAGCCGCUGGGUGCGCGCCACUCCACGGGCUCCUACAUCGCCGGCUACCUGGGUGCCAGGGGCGCCGAGGGCCGCGGCGUGCCCGAGGGCUGCGCUGCCCCGCGGCCCGGCCGCCUGCACCCGCUCUGCGCCCAGGGCCGCGCGCUUCAGGCUGAGCCUGGCGGGGCCAACAAGCCCGAGAUCUAUUUCCUGCUGAGGCUGUGAGGCCUCGCAUCCACCCUCGGCGGCCAGGACGCAUGGGCCAGGACGCACUGUCCGGGACGCACCGCCUGGGCGCACCGGCCAGAACCCAUGAAGAGGGACGCACCAGCCGGACGCACUGACCGGGACGCAGUGGCCAGGACACACCAGCCCAGAGGCCCCGUCCAGGACACACCAGCGGGGGCCCACCGGCCCUCACCUCCGCGUCACCCCACGCCAGUUCCAAGGUGGCACUCGCACCGGCCCGGGGCCUCCCCAGAUGCUCCACCCCGUGCCCGUGCCCAGUCCAGUCUGUCCCGUCUCCUGCCAAGGGAGGGAUUUUUAUUUCAUGACCAGUGUUGUUCCUGGUUUCCCUGCAUCCUGGAGAGACCCACACACAGUUACCCACACCUAGUUCAGGUCAGAGAGUGGCGGAAGCUCCACCGACCAGGCCCCGUGCCGGGCUCGCCAAAAGCCUCAUUGCAGAGGCGUGGGGAGAAGGGAUGGUGAUGAGUUAGAGCCAAAACAUCUGUGACAGGCAGGAUGGCUUUAUGUAAGUCUAUUACGUGCUUUUGCUGAUGGCUCUGUGUGUCAUGUGGACAUGUCCGUCUGAAUUACCCGAUUAAAUUAAACCCCCGGGGAGGCCCUGGGCGCGGGGGGCACAGGAGCAGCUGUGGGGGAGACCCCGCCCUCCCACCCCCCUUCCCGGCUGCCUGGGAAGAGCCUUUCCCUCCCUGGAGAGAGAAGCAGCCCUGUUCCCCACGUCCUACUCACUGUGAAUCCAUUUUCUAGCUGCACAUCCCCGUGUCCCUCUUGGCUUUUUGUAUCAUUGCAAUGAUGUUCUUGGAAGUCAUGAAAAUGUGAUUAAAGCCAAUUUUUCAGCACUGGUGCUUCCUUCCCUCCUGGUGACUCCUGGGCAAGGCAGGCCUGGGCCUGGCUCCCUGGGUGCUCGGAGAGAGCCCAGUGCUGCCGGGUUUCGGCUGCA